AGAAAUAAAGAAAGAAGCAAUAGCGACCUCUUCUCUUUUUGCUCCCUCUUCUCUCUCUCUCUCUCUUUCUUAGAGAAAGAUAUCAGUCUGAGGCUCUAAGCCACCAUUCUUUCUUUUUUCUUACUUUUAUUUUAUUGUUAUAACUUCACCUGUCUUUCUACAAGUCUUGAUUACAAACACAACACACACACUCAGCAAGUGCUACAAAGAGCAGCAGCAGCAGUUAGCAAAGGGAAAGAAAAGGAGAGAAAGAGAAAGAAAGAGACGACAUACAGAGAGACACCACAUAGCUGUAUAGAGAUAAAGAAAGGAAUUCGCAGAAGCUUUCAAUACCACAUAAUAGAAAACGAUGGCUGAGAGCUUUGCAUCAUUUCACUCUCUGCAACUCCAAGAGAAUUGAACACCAGAAAGGGAAAGAGAAGACAAGUGGGUGACGAGAAAGUGAAAAUUUUAUAUAUACAAGAGAUGAUGAUCAUUAUCAAUAUCAAGAAAGUGAUAUGGGAAUAGCAACACCACCGCUCCCUCCAAUUCUCUCUCACUCCAAGAUUCACCAGUCGGUGGCUCCAUUAAUUCCACAUAACUCUGAUUCAGCCAAUUAUUCUAUGUCCCAAGACUACCACCAAGCAGCAGGCAUCUUCUCUUUCUCGAAUGGCUUCGAGAGAUCCCAGGUAGCUCACCAAGAACAUCACCAGCAGCAACAGCACCACUUCGCCCACCAGAUCCACAGAGACAAACUUAGAGUUCAAGGAGGUUAUGGCCCAUCUCCAGGGCCAUUAGUGGGCAUCGAAGAGGAAGAAUCCAGUGGCCUUCCGGUCUAUGAAACUGCCGGUAUGUUAUCAGAAAUGUUCAAUUUCCCUCCUGGGGGGCAAGCCAAUGCUGCUGAAUUGUUGGACCAGCCGUUGCAGUCUAAUUACCGGACGGCUCAUCAUCCUCGGCAGCAGCAAUCAGUAACUACCAGCGAGUGGUACAGUAACAACAGGCAAGGGAUGGUAGGAGGUUUGGGUCCUUUAGGGGAUAAGAAUCAUACUACCCGCGAUAGUUUAGCUCACCAUCAUCAGAUUUCAGGCAUUAACGCAGAUUCAGCAGCUUCCAUGCAGCUUUUUCUCACGAAUCCCCAGCCAAGAUCACCAUCUCCUGCUCCUUCCCAUCCUCAUAAUCCUCCUGCUACUUCUUCUACGCUUCACAUGUUGUUACCAAAUCCAUCUUCUUCUCUUCAAGGGUUUAGUAUGUCUGGUCCUGGAGGAGAUUUCGGCACUAGUAAUGAGAUAUCUCCCCAACAUUUCACAUGGGUUCCUGAUAGUGCUCAUGCAGGAACCAAUACUGGUGCUCAGCUCACUAACCCAAGUGAGAUUGGCAGUGUUGUGGAAGGACAAGGACUUUCUUUGUCAUUAUCUUCAUCGUUGCAGCACUUAGAGGCAGCCAAAGCGGAAGAAUUGAGGAUGGGAGACGGUGGCUUAUUGUAUUACAAUCAAGCAGGAGGCUCCUCCUCUGGUGCGGCUCAAUAUUACAAGAAUUUGGGUAGUCAACACCAGGCAUUGCAUUUGCAAGCAGGAGUGGGACAAAAUCAUCAAGUUCAUGUUGGGUUUGGAUCAUCCUUAGGAGUGGUUAACGUUUUGAGGAAUUCCAAAUAUGUGAAAGCAGUGCAAGAGUUGUUAGAAGAAUUUUGCAGUGUUGGGAGGGGUCAAUUCAAGAAGAACAAAUUCAGUAGACAAAACACAAACCCUAGUUGUAAUAAUCCUGGCGUCAGCAGUGGUGGCGGUAGCGGCGGCGGCGGUGGUUCUUCAUCUUCAACAAAGGAUCUCCCUACUUUGUCAGCUGCUGAUAGGAUUGAGCACCAGAGGAGGAAGGUCAAACUUCUAUUUAUGCUUGAUGAGGUGGAUAGAAGAUACAACCAUUACUGUGAACAAAUGCAAAUGGUAGUUAAUUCAUUUGAUCUAGUAAUGGGUUUUGGAGCAGCAGUUCCUUACACUGCCCUUGCCCAGAAGGCCAUGUCGAGGCAUUUUCGAUGUCUAAAGGAUGCAAUAGCAGCACAAUUGAAGCACAGUUGUGAACUACUUGGGGAGAAAGAUGGAGCAGGGACCUCAGGCAUAACUAAGGGAGAGACUCCAAGGCUAAAAUUGCUAGAACAAAGCUUGAGACAACAAAGAGCCUUUCAUCAAAUGGGCAUGAUGGAACAAGAAGCUUGGAGACCACAAAGAGGCCUACCUGAAAGAUCUGUCAACAUUUUGAGAGCUUGGCUUUUUGAGCAUUUUCUCCACCCGUAUCCAAGCGAUGCAGAUAAGCAUCUGUUGGCUCGACAGACUGGGUUAUCGAGAAAUCAGGUAUCAAAUUGGUUCAUUAAUGCUAGGGUUCGAUUGUGGAAACCAAUGGUGGAAGAGAUGUAUCAACAAGAGGCGAAAGAAGAAGAAGAAGAAGAAGAAGAAGAAGAAGGAGCAGUAGAAGAUAGAGAAAUAAAGCAAACCAAUAACAAUAAUGGGGUUGCACAGACACCAACACCAACACCAACAGCAUCCUCAUCAGCACCUCCCACCACAACAACACCGCCACCACCACCACCAGCAGGAGGCAAAAGAUCCGAAAAUGCCAAUGAAAACGACCCUUCACUUCUUGCAAUCAAUACACAAUGCUCCUCGGAACACCAAGCAAAACACUCCCCUUCCACCACCGCCACCACCUUUAUUACACCCACCACAGAGUUGGCGCCACCAUCUUUCCAUGACUUGGCUGAUGAAACGUGUCGUCGUGGCAGCUUGGUUCCAGCUGAGUAUGGGACCACGUCUGCUCAUCACGCCAAUGCUGAACCUGAUAUUGGGUCUACUCUUAUAAGAUUUGGGACCACAGCAGCUGGUGAUGUGUCACUCACUUUAGGGCUACGCCAUGCCGGAAACAUGCCAGAUAAAGGUUCUGCUUUCUCUGUUAGGGACUUUGGGAACUGUUAAUUAUUUUAUAACUUUUUUAUUAUAUAUAUUUAUUUUUAUUUUCUGUCCUUUAUUUUCUUUUUCUACUUUCUUUUUAUUAAGAAAAAACACAUAAUGAGAAAAAAAAAAAAAAAAAAAAAAGACCUAGAAUAUAUAAUUCUAUGUUAGUUAGCUGUAUGGAGUCUCUGUUGUAAUUGUAUAGAAGACAAGGUUUCGCUCCUUGUGUAUUUAUAAGGUUUUGUACCUUAAUAUUCGCUAGAAAAUAACAUGAAAAAUUUUAUAUUUUUUAGAGAAA